CCCGAUAUACACAUUACACACCAAUCCCCUCGGUUUUGCCCCUUCUAUCGUGUUCGGACCCGACCCGGACGACCCGCAUAUCCGAACCCUACCUAGUUCCCCUCUUCUCCCACUCUUCGCAUCAAACCCCCGAGUUAAUCGACGGUCCAGAUUCGCCGACUAUAGUUUCCGAUUUCCGACGUUAUUUUCCGGCCACGUCUUCCUUGUAAGCACAGGUACAUGCAUGUUUACGUGUAGAUUCAAUUUCUGAAGACGAAUCGAUAAUUAUGGCCGCUUCGGACGAUGAAGAUGAAUCCCUCGCGCAAUUCCUUGAAUCUGAAGUCCUUGCGUUCUCCGAUCAGGAUCAAGGGAAUGCAUCCAAUGAGGAGGAAGAGAAGGGAGGCAGAGAGUCAAAACAUAUGAGAGUUGAGGAUUAUGAAGAAGAGAAUGAAGAUCUCGUGGAUGAAGAAGAAGGGAGAGUACUAAAGAAAAUGAGAGUUGUAAAAGAUGGGGGUGAGGGUGAGAUUGAGGGAAAGGAGAAGAGGAGUAAUACUGGAGUGAGCAAUACCUUUAAAGAUAUAAAAAAUGGUGCAAGUACUAGCAGUAAUACUCUUCGGGUUCCCAAGCGAAUAGAUACUGGAGUUCUUAGCAAAAUCCCUCCUGAGUUGCUUCAUCACAUACUUAAAUUCCUUUCCUCAGAGGAUCUUGUUUCAUGUUCAUUGGCCUGUAAAUUCUUAAACUAUGCUGCAUCUGAUGAAUCAUUGUGGCGUCGACUGUACUGCAUGAGAUGGGGUCUACGUCCACCAAAAAGACCACGGGAAUCUGCUUGGAAGAAGAUGUACAUUCAGCGUGAUGCAGAGGAUAUGGGAGACUUUGUUAGAAAUUGUCCGUCUGAAUUCAAAGAAUAUUACAUCCAAAUGCAGGCAGCAAAAAGAAGCCAAACUCCUCUUCUUUCACAGGUGAAUGAUGAUCAUAUAAUACUUGAUAAGACUGUUGCUGAUCAAAUCUCCAUUUGGAAGAAAAACAAAGGCCUUAGUGAUAAAGUGUUUGUGGAUCAUGCUUGUUCUGGGGAGACAUGCACUUACUAUCAAAUUGGUGAUGUAUUUGUUUGUGAGAAGACUGGACUUGUGCAUGUAUGUGACGAUACGUGCAGAGAAGUUGUUUCUGAUCCAACAAAUGGGCUCUUGGUGUGUACUAUCUCAGGUCACUGUUUUGACAGAAUGUUGUCUCCAUCUGAAAUAGAACCAGACACGGAACAGCAGCAGGGUGGUGGGACUGAUGAAGCGGAACCAUUCAUGGGAUCCGGUCGAUUUGCCCGAGCUUAUUUGCUGGGUUACAACUGUGAUGAUGAGAAGGAACUUGAAGCUGCACUGAGGUUCUGCUGAUUCAACUGCUUGUAUCAGUUAUAUGUAUAGGUGUAUCAUCUUGGAUUCCAGACCAGUAGCAACAUAGCAGUAAAGCUCAGUUUUAAUAAUCUUUUUACGUAUUAGUAUGAUCUUAUAUUUUUACCACCCUAAGAUGUAGUAUUAUAGCAUGCUUGGCUAUUUCAGUAUGAGGUUUUGCACCAAGUAAUCUAGUAUUUACAUUUCUAUGGUGGAUUACAUGCAUUGAGUAAAGGGAGAAGAGCAUAUUCAUGGAAUGUGAGAUUAUUGCAAGGAA